AUGGCGAUUUACGAAGACUCCCGCGACGCGCUGCUGCAAGCGGCCAAGGAAGGGUCUCUGGAUGAGCUCACGGCGCUUCUGGCCAAGUGCGGUUGCAUCGACGCCAAGGACGAUGUGGGCCGGACGCCAUUGUACAUUGCCGCCAGCAAAGGCCACAUUGAGCUCGUGCGCGAGCUUCUCGCACAGUCGGACGUCAACGCGCAGACGCGGGAAGGUGCAACGCCGCUUCUGAUUGCGUGCCAGUAUGGUCAUCUCAACGUUGUCCAACUGCUCGUCGAGUGCGCCGAUGUCAACAUUGCCGCCAACGACGGCGUCACGCCCCUUUUCAUGGCCGCGCAGGUCGGAUCUCUCGCGAUUGCUCGGCUUCUCUUGGAGAAGAAGGCCGAUGCGACCAAAGCCAUGCACAAUGGCGCGACCCCGAUCGUUGUGGCCGCGCAGAACGGGCACGUUGGUAUGGUCCAGCUGCUCUUGCCGCAUGCAAGCCCGACGGUCGCGAUGGACGGCGGUGCCACGGCACUGCUCCUCGCCACGCAGCACGGGCACUUGGACGUUGUCCGUGCGCUCCUUGAAGCAGUGAAUGAUGUCGACAUUCCGCUCUCGGAUGGCACGACGCCCCUCAUGCUCGCAGCGGCCAAGGGCCAUGGCCACGUGGUGCGAUCGCUCAUCAAGGCCGGUGCCAACGUCAACCUCCUCUCGGACGCGCAGUCGUUCGCGCUUCUGGCCGCGGCGUCGCAUGGCCACGCCGACGUGGUGAGCCAGCUCGUGGACGCCGGCGCCAGUGUGCAGCAGGCCACGGACGACCGUGCAACGCCGCUCAUUGUCGCGGCUGCGAAAGGCCAUGCCAAGUGCGUCGAGGUCUUGCUCGCGCAUGGCGCCAGCAUCGACCACACGAUGAAGGACGGGAGCUCCGCGCUGUUUGUCGCGGCCGCGAGCGGUCAUCUGGACGUCGUGCGACUGCUGCUACAGGCCGGUGCGAACGCGCACCAAGCGAUGAAGGGCGGGAUGACGCCGCUGACGGUCGCGGAGCAGUGCCACCACCAUGAGGUCGGCGCGCUUCUAAUCAAGCACGGCGUAUAG